UAAAAAAUGUCUGCUCUUUUAACAUAACCACUUUUAUGAACAAUUAGUAUCGCGUAUUACUGUAUUUUAUAAUUUUUGUAAGUCCAAAGCUUUAUUUGAAAAUGCCUCUGAUAAUAAUGACCGGUAUUCCAUGUAGUGGCAAAACUAAUAGAACGAAUGAAUUGAAAAAAUUUUUUGAAAUGGAAAAGGGGAGGAAAGUUACAAUUAUAAGUGAAGAAGAGAUGAUACAGAAAGCUAUGUUUGAUAAAAACAAUUUUUAUUCAGAUUCAAGGAAAGAGAAACUCAUCCGUGGCGAUAUCAAAUCCCAUACACAGCGUUUAUUAACUCAAAAUGAUAUUUUAAUUAUUGAUGGUAGUAAUUAUAUAAAGGGCUUUAGAUAUGAAAUUUAUUGUAUGAGUAAACUGUACAAAACACCGCAAUGUACAGUUCAGUGUGAUCUACCAGUUGAACAUGCUUGGUUAUGGAAUGAAAAUAGAUCUAUGGACGAGCAGUAUUCGAGAGAAAUAUUUGAUGCUUUAAUUCUAAGGUAUGAAACACCCGAUAGUAAAAAUCGUUGGGACUUUCCAUUGUUUAUAGUAAAUCCAGAAGAUGAAUUAAAUUACGACGAUAUUUAUUCUGCAUUGUACGAAGUAAAAGCACCUAAACCAAAUAUGAGCACUCAAUGCACACCAUUAUCAUCGGCUAAUUAUUUAUAUGACAUAGACAGGAUAACGCAGGAGAUAGUUAAUGAAAUUAUAUCAGCAAAACAAAUAGGAAUCGAUAGUAACAUAAAAAUUCCCAAAUAUAACGUAACGGUUCAAUGUUCAGGAAGUGUACCACAACUUGCAAAAUUAAGACGUCAAUUUUUAACAUACAGCAAAAUGCAACAAUUAGAGACUGAACAAAUUCCAACAUUAUUUAUACAAUAUUUAAAUAAAAGUUUAUAAAAUUAA